AUGACAGAUAACUGCCAUGAAUUGCGAGUUGCAUUAAAAGAUGUGUGGCCGAAGUCUGUUCCAGUCCUUUGCAUCUUUCAUGUGCUUCAACAGGUUUGGCGUUGGCUACACGAGAAGAAAAAUGGAAUAAGCUUGGAAGAUCGGCCUCCCUUGCUCUUGGCAUUCAAGACGAUUCUCUAUGCAGAGAAUGAAGAUGACCUACAUGAUUUAUUUGAUGCCCUCAUAACAAGCGACAUGACAUCAAAAUACCCAAACUUUAAAAAGUAUGUCACUGAUGUCUUCGAGGACUGUGAGGCAUGGGCACUCUGUUACCGAAUUCAAUUACCUAUGAGGGGUAAUAAUACCAACAACUUGUGUGAAGCACAGUUUUUGGUCAUUAAAGACGAGAUCCUAAACCGCCAAAAAGAAGUUAAUGUUGUUGGUCUCAUGGACAAGUUUACAACUGAGCUAGAUCAACACUACCGCAAUAAGCUUUUGUCAGUUUCAUCAGGUAUAAAACUACAUAUAUUGAAUAUUAAAAAUAAAUCCCCCUUGACGAGUAAAAUCGUCUGGCGCUAGACACUAGACAGAGUAAAAUAAUAAAGCAGGGCGCAUCUUGGUGCAUUGCCACUUAAAGGGUUAAUAGUAAAUGUAUUAGGACAUCCGAAGGGGGUAGGGUAGACUUGCUCCAAGUCUCUCUUUCAUUGUCAUAUAGUAUCGAUCCACUAUAGUGUACAUUACAUGACGUAGCACGGAGGGGCGGAGCGAGAAAGAGAGACUUGUCAACUUCGGAAAAUCUCGGUUCAAAACUGAACCGAAAAUGCAAGACUUCCUUUAAUUGUUUUCUGUCAGUGUUUAUAUGUAUUGAUCUAGCACAGUGUAAAUAUGUGAGUUCCAUAAUAGUAAAUAAUACAGAAAGAAAUUGAAGGAAAACAAUUAAAGCAAGUCUUGCAUUUUCGGUUCAGUUUUGAACCGAGAUUUUCGGAAGUUGACAAGUCUCUCUUUCUUGCUCCGCCUCUCUGUGCUACGUCAUGUAAUGUACAAUAUAGUGGAUCGAUACUAUAACAAAUGAAAGAGAGACUUGGAGCAAGUCUAGGGGUAAGGGGGUUGUAAUGACCCAUUACAGUCGAACCUGUAUUAAGUGGCCCUGUUUUGGGUUGGACGCUUUGUGUACAUAUAAGUGUCUGCUAGUAUAAAUGUAUAAGUGUCUGCUAGCAGGUGCAAGCAUGCUAUGUAUUGGACGACCACCAGUCCACCUAGAUUUUCGUAAAGUCCUUUGUGUUUGUUUAGCACAGAGGAAUUUUCAAGGAAUAUAGUGACCACCCUGUAUUAACUGACAAGCAACUCAUUCCCCAAGGGUGCUCACUAAUACAGGUUUGACUGUAACAUUACUAACAUAUUUCAGUGUCACAUCUAUAGGGUAUUAAAAUCACCAAAUGAACAAUUGAUAAUUUAAAUCAAUUUAAUUUAAUAUAUUAGUUAAUUUAAUUUAAAUAAACUACUACAUGUCUUACUAAAUUUAUGUCUAGUGUAAAAUAACAAAAAAAUUUAAACUUACUUACAUUUCAUGUUUUCAGAAAUAUAAAACAAAUCCUAUAAAUUUAUAUCGGUUUAUACAUACACUUUUUUUAAAACUAAAUUAAACAUAACAUGGUACUGGCCAGCACCUUCCUAAUUUUAAUGCAUAGUACUUCAUGUAGACUAGAGUUUGUUGUUCUAAAUGUAUUUACAAAAAACUAAGCCAGGUAAUCAUUGUAAAUUUUUUCUUCUAUUACAAAACUGUAGGCAAGUUUGAUGGAAUUUAUAGCAGGCGCUUCAAAGGUCUUGGGAAGAAAAAGUCAGAUGGAGUUGGCUUCAAAGUACCAAGUUUCGAUGAGCAAAAGGCUGCAUUGGAGAAGAUUGUCAAUGUUGGCUGCAAUAUGUUCCUGGUACCAAGCCUGUCUGUGGAGGGAGUACAAUAUCUGGUUGAUAUGAACACUGGAUUCUGUCAGUGCAAGAUUGGUGUUAACGGUUCCCCAUGCAAACAUCAAUAUAUUCUGUGGGUGAACAAGCUGUCAGUUGCCGUAAACUUCUUACCAGUUUUCAGCAAAGAACAGAGGAUGAUGUAUGCUGAGAUUGCUAUAGGACCUACAUUUCCUUUGCAUUUCUAUGAGGGAUUACAUGACCAAGUUAUAUCACUACCAGCCACUGAUGUGCCAUGUCCUGAAUGA